UUUUUCCAGUCGGACGUAUUUUCAUUCCGUACCUGAUUUGUUUUUUUGCAACUGUGCGCGCGUUCCGUUAAAAUGGCGAGCCGAUGGAGGACCGCAUAGAGACAGAGACGAAACUGCUUCUUUUCUCCAACAACAACAGGAGGGAAAUAUCUGGACAAUGGCGGCCUUGGAUCAGAAAUCUCCCAACGUGCUUUUGCAGAGUCUUUGCUGUAGGAUCACAGGGAAGAGCGAAGCUGAUGUUGCACAUCAGUUUCAGUACGCUGUCCGGGUCAUCGGGAGUAAUUACGCCCCCACCAUCGAGCGAGAUGAGUUCCUGGUGUCUGAAAAGAUAAAAAAAGAAUUGUUAAAGCAAAGGCGCGAUGCAGAUGCAGCUCUUUUUUCUGAGCUCCACAGAAAACUCCAAACCCAGGGAGUUCUGAAACACAGAUGGUCCAUCUUAUACCUCCUCCUCAGCCUGUGUGAGGAUCCCAGGAAACCGCCUACCCGGGUGGGCAGUUACGGGUCGCUGUUUGCCCAGGCUUUGCCGCGUGAUGCCCACUCCACACCAUUCUACUACACCCGGCCCCAGAGCCUGUCUCUUAGCUACCCCGAGCGCUCAGCACUGGCAGCGCACAACGCCUCUAGCAUGGGCACCAGCGGCAUCGGCAGCCUUGCCAUGUACCCACUGAACGGCCCCGGCCCCGGCCCUCAGUCCCUGCUUACUGGCCCGCAAGCUGUAGCCGAUCCCACACGUGGUCCUCGUCUGGCUUGGGAGCUCCCAGUCACCGGAGCAGCUCCACCGAACUCCCGACCUGUGACAGGCCCCGCCCCUACCCUCGGCCCCACCUCCAGUCCUGCCGCUAGACUGCCUCACAGACUGAGACGGGAUGGCGAAACCAGCGCUGAAAUCGGCGAGGCCUCCCUGGUGCGAGACAUCCUUUACGUCUUCCAGGGCAUCGACGGCAAAUUCAUUAAGAUGUGCACUCCAGAGAACUGCUACAAAAUCGAUUCAAAGGUUCCGUUGUGUAAGUCUCUACGAGACACCAGUAGCCGGUUAGCAGAGCUCGGCUGGCUUCAUAACAAAGUACGGAAGUACACAGACUCUCGAAGUUUGGAUCGAGCCUUCGGAUUGGUCGGGCAGAGUUUCUGUGCCUCCCUGCACCAGGAGCUGAAGGAGUAUUACAGGCUUUUGUCAGUGCUGCAUUCACAGCUGCAGUUAGAGGAUGACCAGGGAGUGAAUGUGGGACUGGAGAGUACGCUCACUCUAAGAAGACUUCUCGUGUGGACGUAUGACCCUAAAAUUCGCCUCAAGACUCUUGCUGCACUGGUCGACUACUGCCAAGGCCGUAAAGGAGGGGAGCUGGCUUCUGCAGUGCACGCCUACGGUAAGACCGGCGACCCUCAUAUGAGAGCGCUAGUCCAGCACAUCCUUAGCCUGGUCUCACACCCCAUUCUCAACUUCCUUUACCGCUGGAUCUAUGACGGAGAGCUCGAGGACACGUACCAUGAGUUCUUUGUAGCGUCUGAUCCAACAGUGAAGACAGACAGACUGUGGCAUGAUAAAUACUCUCUGAGGAAGUCGAUGAUUCCCUCCUUCAUAACCAUGGAUCAGGCCAGGAAGGUCCUGCUCAUCGGCAAAUCUAUUAACUUCCUGCAUCAGGUGUGUCACGACAGGACGUCGCCCGGCAAAUCCCCGCCCGCCUCCAAAUCUGCAGACUCACCCAAAGACGCGACUGAGCUCUUCACUGAUCUGGAGGGGGCGUUUCAGAGUAAGAUCGACGCUGCAUACUUUGAGACCAGUAAGUACCUUUUAGAUGUGCUAAAUAACAACUACCAACUGCUCGAGCACCUGCAGGCCAUGAGGAGAUACCUGCUGCUGGGCCAGGGAGACUUCAUCAGACAUCUGAUGGACCUGCUCAAGCCGGAGUUGGCCCGCGCAGCCACUACGCUCUACCAGCACAACCUGACUGGGAUCCUGGAGACAGCGGUACGAGCCACUAAUGCUCAGUUCGACAGUCCUGACAUCCUGAAGAGGCUGGACGUCCGACUCCUGGAGGUGUCUCCGGGUGAUACGGGUUGGGACGUGUUCAGCCUGGACUAUCACGUUGAUGGACCUAUCGCCACGGUGUUCACUCGCGAGUGUAUGAGCCACUACUUGCGGGUGUUCAACUUCCUGUGGAGAGCCAAGCGGAUGGAGUAUAUCCUGACUGACAUCUGGAAGAGCCAGAUGUGCAACGCCAAGCUGCUGAAGAGCAUGCCGGAGCUGUCUGGGGUUCUGCAUCAGUGUCACAUCUUGGCCUCAGAGAUGGUCCAUUUCAUCCACCAGAUGCAGUACUACAUCACAUUUGAGGUGCUGGAAUGUUCAUGGGAUGAGUUGUGGAAUAAGGUUCAGCAGGCCCAGGACCUGGAUCAUAUCAUUGCAGCCCAUGAGGUUUUCCUCGACACGGUCAUCUCCCGCUGCCUUCUGGACUCCAACAGCAGGUCACUGUUGAACCAGCUCCGGGCCGUGUUUGACCAGAUCAUCGAGUUCCAAAACGCUCAGAACACUCUGUACCGCUCUGCCCUGGAGGAGCUGCAGCUCCGUGUGCAGUAUGAGGACAGCAAGAGACGCAGAGAGGAAGAGGGCCAGUGGGGUGUGACGGCGGAGCAGGAAGCGGCAGAGAACAAACGAGUGCAGGAGUUUAAGGACACCAUACCAAAACUGUGCUCUCAGCUUAGACUGCUCACACACUUCUACCAGGGCAUCGUUCAGGAGUUCUUGCGGCUGUUGAUGACCAGCUCGGAUGAGAGUCUGCAGUUCCUCAGCUUCAGGCUGGACUUCAACGAGCACUACAAGGCCCGGGAUCCUCGCCUGCGUCCAUCGCUGGGGGCCACCAGGGGGCGCCGCAGCUCUAAUAUUUAACCCAUCCAUCUUCUGCGUAUAGGGUUAAUGUGUUUUUAUAUCGGACGCUGAUAUCGAGAAAUGGUCAGUGUAUAGCGCUUACUACAGAUGUGAAUAAAAGAACAAAAAAAUUAAUCAAUUUAACUUAUUUGUCAUCACCGAAAGUCCUGAAAAUAUUACAUGGAUGUUAGAAGCGUGGGGCCUUUUUUUGUUUUUUUUUGUUUUAAGUCUCUGUGGAAUAUCGGAAUCUUUACCCAGCAACCACAGCUCUUCAAAUCCUGUUACUGUUUGAUGUUUUAGUUUCUACUUGUUUCCUCUCUUUAUUUUUCCAUUACAGUACAGUGGUCUUGCUGCAGAAAAUCUGCACCUGAAAUUAAACCAGUCUUAAUGUAAAGUCUAUGAUCUGGGAUCAGCUGAUUCUGGGAUGUUGUUUGAAAGCCACAAAUCCUGCAGUGAUUAUUUACGAUUAUAAAACGGAUCGUUUUGAUUCUGCAAUCUGAUGUUCUGUGCCUUGUUCAAAGCCGCCGUCAAAUCCGAUAUACACGCAGCUUCGACCGUCGAAUUCUGUGUAAAUGUGGCAGGUUUUAAAGUGAUAAUACUGGGAAAAACCGAUUUGUCUGCGGAAUAUCCGAAUCUUUACCCAGCAACCACAGCUCAUCGUUAAGACAUAACAUAACGUUCAAUUUUAUUUCAAACGUUAGAUUUUAUCGAUGAAUUUUUAAGUUUAGUGUGUGCAUUACAGUGAUUCUAUCACACUGCUUCGAGUCAUGCCUCAGAACCACUUUGAUAAAAUCACUGUAACACUGAGUAGCACAUUUAAUGCAGGAUGAAACGAGUAACGAAGGAAGAUAAAGUGCACGAAUCUGGUAAAUAUGUCCUCUAGCACAGUAAACACUGCACAUUCUCUUUUUUGACCCAAUAAGCUUCAUAUCAGACAGCACGGUGUAUAUUAAAAAGAAGGAAGGAAAAAAAAAAAGCUUCCUCUCAUGCCUUUUUUUUUUUUUUUUUUUUUUUUUUUUUAAAUAAGCUGUUUCUAGAUCA